GAUGCCCUCGAGAAGCAGAUGAACAUCGCGAUGACGCGUCCAGUCCACAUGACCUCGAGGAGGAACCCACAACAACAGUUCAUGGAGGAACCCACAACAUCAGUCCACGGCUAUGACGACCUUUUUGACUCUGACGACUAGAGCGACUAGUUUGCUGGCACCGAGAGUGGUUCCUCUUCGGAGGAGAUUAGUGGCGAUCACGACAGCUCUCUCGAAGCCAAGCCUCUGGAUUUACAAUCCCCGACACAACCUCUCGAUGAGAAGACACGUGAGGGCAACGCGUCCGAAACGAGUGUUCUCUCGCUCGAGGGAAUAGCUACGCUGUCGAGCCACAGCCUCGUUCAGAACUAUUGGGCAGAUGAGGUUGGAAAUGACAUGGAUGGGAGUCUCGAGCCGGAGAUGGGCCGCAACACGGAGACUCAAACGACAGAGACGCCGGUUACCCCCGAAAAAUUUAGCCCAUCUGAGCCGCCACGCCAGGAGGCCCCUUGGUCAGACAACAAAGGCCUCGCCGCCAGCAGACACAAUCCUCUGAGACCUCAAACUCCCGUCCGGCAACAGGUAGCUGAUCCUACAUCUCACCCGCCUCAUCUAGGGACCUUCGUACCCAGGGACGUGGCAAACAUCCCGUGGUGCGCCAGAACCGGGUCAACUCCGCAGUCGAUGCGGAGCCAGAGCACACUGUCAUCCUCGCCCCCGUCGCCCAUAGUGCACCCGGCACUCCCCGGUAACGCCCAGGAACCCGCCAUCCGCAGCAGAGCCGACAGCGCCUGGACCAGUUCCAGUCCCAAACGGAAGCUGCUGCCUGACGGCUAUGCUCGCAACAAUAGCUACGACGCGGAAGAAGAUCGUGACGAUGAGAAUGAGCGCAGCGGACUGCUGAGCGACGGCAGGGGCCCGGCGGCAAAUUGACCACGCUCGGGCGAAGCGGGGGCUGGUGCUGCCAGUGGCGAUGACGAUGUCGACGGGGAUACGGUGGUUUAUAGUAACAGUGACGGUGUUGGAGCUGAGGUGG